AUGCGUCUCGUAAUCCGCGAAGGCCCCCAAGAGGCAUCUCAAUACAUCUCUGACUACAUCAUCAACCGCAUUCGUGCUUUCAAUCCUACAUCCGAAAAGCCAUUCGUCCUUGGCCUUCCCACCGGAAGCAGCCCUCUCCAUAUAUACAAUGACUUGAUCAAAGCAUACAAAGCUUCCAAGAUAUCUUUCCAACAUGUCGUGACAUUUAACAUGGACGAAUACGUCGGUUUACCCCGCGAACAUCCCGAAUCAUACUACUCCUUCAUGCACCACAAUCUCUUCAAACACAUCGAUAUCCAACCCGAGAAUAUUCAUCUGCUCAAUGGGAAUGCCCCUGACCUCUUCGCCGAGUGCUCAGCCUACGAAGAUAAGAUCAAGUCGUUCGGUGGUAUUGAGCUCUUCCUUGGAGGUAUAGGAACAGACGGUCAUAUCGCUUUCAACGAGCCAGGUUCCAGUCUUGUCAGCCGAACUCGAAUCAAGUCUCUUGCAUAUGAGACCCGGAUUGCGAAUGCGAGAUUUUUUGACAAUGAUAUCGAGGCAGUGCCUGACAUGGCCUUGACUGUUGGGGUGCAGACUGUCAUGGAUGCACGAGAAGUCGUCAUCAUUGCUACUGGGGCCUCAAAAGCCAUUGCCAUCCAACAAGCAGUUGAGGGUGGAGUCAGCCACCUCUGCACACUCUCGUGCCUCCAAUUACAUCCAAAGAGCAUGGUGGUGGUGGACAGAGAUGCUACCCUCGAGUUGAAGGUGAAGACAGUGAACUAUUUCUACGGAGUCGAGAAGACUAUCAGACAAAGGGAGGUCUCGGGCCACCUUCCUCCAUCGCCUACACUAACAGCUGAUGGGGACGAAGACGGUGAUCUGAAGCCUGAUAACAUGGCAUCACGAAUAGCGCCCACCAUGAGGGUUCGGUCUGUGACGUUCCCUGUUGGAAUGGGAGGUCAAAUUUCUUAG